UGGGACACGGCAGGACAGGAACGUUUUCGCACAAUUACAUCCAGCUAUUAUAGAGGUGCGCAUGGGAUCAUUGUUGUGUAUGACAUCACUGAUCAGGAGUCGUUCAACAAUGUGAAGCAAUGGCUACAAGAGAUCGAUCGAUAUGCGUGCGAGAAUGUCAAUAAGCUACUUGUUGGAAAUAAAUGUGAUCUAACUACCAGAAGAGCAGUUGAACAAAGUGCUGCUAAGGAAUAUGCCGAUCAGUUGGGAAUACCGUUUUUGGAAACGUCUGCGAAGUCUUCGACCAAUGCAUUUAUGACAAUGGCAUCCGAAAUCAAGAGCCGGAUGGGUCCAGUUCAGCAAGUUGGCACAGGUCCAUCGGUGCGCAUUGGAGGAUCUCAGCCAGUGAACGAAAAGAAGAACGGUGGUUGUUGCUGA